AUGACACUGGAGAACACCAGGAGUAAGUCAUCUGUUUCAUCUGUUUCUGAUGAUCCCAUCACCCUUUGGCUUCCAGAAUGCAAAACUUACCUAGAUGAACUCAUCUUUUUGGAAGGAUGCAGCAAGAGUGCAGGUCAAUUGUGCUCAUGUGGAGCACUUUCCAUCUCAUUCAGAUGUCAAGACUGUCUGUUGCCUCUACUAUCUUGUUGUGCAUACAUCUUGCAAUCACACCUCAAUAUGCCAUUUCAUAGGAUUGAGGAAUGGAACAAUGGCUUCCACAUUCAGCUUGGUCACAGGCCAGGAGAAAAAUGCUGUCACCCAAAGUCUGCCUUUGAUGAUGACUUUAUCAUCAUCAAAAUUCACGGUAUUCAUGAAGUCAGCCUAGACUUCUGUGGCUGCAAACACGAAGCCUCUCACUACAAGCAGUUACUUCAAGCACAUUUGUUCCCCGCAAUAGCCACCGAUCCUAGAACCACUGCAACAUUUGGCAUCUUGAAAUUCUUUCACUUACUCUCAUUUGAGUCAAAAGUAUCAGCAUAUGAAUUUUAUCAUAGUUUGGCACACCAGCAUGACAAUACUGGUAUUACACCAAUACGAGAUCGCUACUCUAUAUUUCUUCGGAUCAUCUACAAGUGGAGAAAUCUUAGGUCACUAAAGUGUGCUGGAUGUGGUCAUGAUCCUGCAAGUGCUAGUGCAACUCAAGAAGGAGAACUUGUUCUUCUAUGCCUAGCAUGCCCGCACCCUGGUAAAAAUUUACCUGAUGGAUGGUUGUAUGGCAUUUUUCUUGCAAUUGAUGUGAACUUUCAUCUUAAGCGCCAAGCGAUCUCCUCUGACAACAAAGACCCAGGUCUCAGUAAUGGCUGGAGCUACUUUAUUGAUGAGAAGUGUUAUAAGGAAUACAUAGCUAACAAUUCUGCUGUCACACAAGAGAGGAGUGCUUGCACGAGCCAUAACACUGUAAACAUGGCAGAUGCAAAAUUAUCACAAGGAUUUGCUGCUACAGGCAUUGGUACAGUCGACUGUGCUCGCCAUGACAUGAAAUUGGCAAAUGGUGUGGGAGAUUUGCAGAAGGACAAAAGAUAUUUGAAUAUGGACUACCUUGUUUUUUCGGUGUUGUUCACAUUUACAAGCCUCAAGGUCAUCAACUUCUCAUAUGACAUCACAUGCCAAUGGCACAAGAAACUUUGGGGUCGUGUCCCUUGCCUGCCACCAUGCCUUCAACCAGACCUUACCGGAAAGAUAUUCUGCUUCUUUGUACCCAAAUUUCAUCUUGCAGCUCACAUUGAAGAUGGAUGGAGAAGCCCCCAAAUGUGGCUAGGCGAACAUUAA